GAGCCGGAGACCUUCUUCACCUGUUAGCUGCUUCCUCCAAACUGGCCUGGACAUCUUACCUUGAGGGAAAGCAGGAGCGGGUUUGUUGGCCAAAAAAAAGGGAGUGUGAGCAAGCAGCACCAGCAAUGUUUGGAUUCGGGAGAAGCCCCAACUUCCCUGACGCCGGAUCCUGGUGGCGUGACCCUCCGUCUCUGACUGCUGCCGAUUCCCCCUGGGACGUGGCUGAAAUAUCUGCCUGGCAGAAGCACUUGCAAGAAGAGGCUGAGCUGAGUCCUCUGGAAGGAGAGAGCCUGGAGCUUCUGGAGGUGGAAGACCCUCUCUUUCCUCUUUUUGCCUUUCUUGGCAUACAGGAGCUGGAGGCCAUCAGGGCCAAGGUUCGUGAGAUGGAGAAGGAGGAUGAGUGGCUGCAGGAGCUGCAAACGGAAGCAAAAAACCUCAUCAUGAGAUCGGAGACAGGUCUUACUUUGCCCCGAACGACUGUAGAGAAAAUGGAAGUUGACCAGCGCUCCGUCUAUGUGGGAAACGUGGAUUAUGGUGGAACUGCAGAAGAGCUGGAGUCCUAUUUCAACAGCUGCGGGCAGAUCAACAGAGUUACUAUCCUUUGCGAUAAGUUCUCCGGUCAUCCUAAAGGGUAUGCCUACAUAGAGUUUGCUGACAAGAGUUCUGUGCAGGCAGCUGUGGAGUUGAGCGAGAGCACAUUCAGAGGCCGCAUCAUCAAGGUGUUUCCCAAAAGGACCAACAUGCCAGGCAUCAGCUCCACCGACCGAGGUCGUUUCCACAGCCGGGGGGCCCUGCCUCGCCAUGCCAGUUUUUGCAGAGGGCAGCGUUCAAGGCCACGUGGAAGGGUAUACAGGGGCCGCGGAAGGCUCCCUUCUUGGUAUACCCCCUAUUAGGCAGUGAGACGUGAUGACCCAAGCAACUUGCUGGGACUGAACUUGGGACAGGAACAGAGGAGCAACAACAAGCAAAUCCACCCAAGCAAAGACUGUUUCUCAUUCCAAAUCCUUUGGGAGCGACUUUGUGCUGCAAGGAUUGAGGUGCUGUGCCUUUUCUAGACGAAGACAUAGACCUUUGCUGCUGCUUGGGCACAGAAAAGAGGUUGGGCAGCUUCAGCAAAGAAGACACCAAAAGUCUUGCUGGACUGGCUUAAUGGGUGCUAAAAUGACUUUUUUUCCUUCUGAUUUAGAUGCCCUAUUUUAGAACUGUGUUUGAAUUUUCUCUUGAAAGUUUGUAGAGUUCCACUGGGGUCUGGACUUCCCCUUUCUCCCCCAAGCCUAUUAUCUGAUAGUCGACAUGCUGUAUAAUCAUUGCUGCAGAACUUCCCCUGCUGAUCUCCUUGGUGCUGCCGGUAAGCGUUCGACUGUGCCCAUUAAGGAGGGCUACAGCAGUAAACAAGGCAUAAAGUUUUACUUGUACGGCCCUCAAACCCAAAUGAGAACUUGUUUCCCUUUAACAAUGCAUGAUCCAACUCUUAUACAGAGAAGCAAAAAGUGGCCUGCCGUACAAGUCUUGCAUCUAGAACAUCUAUCUCUGUUGCUCCCCCUCCUGCACCAGGUGCAUCUUAAGAAGCAUCUACACUAUGAAUCGUAAAGCGAGUUAACUACAUUGUAGUCCUUCCACUCACUUUCUCCUAUGAAUCGUUAACGAAUAGUUGGAUCUCAAGGCCCUGUCGCAAGAGGCGUCCCCCCCCUUCCCAAAGUUCCUUGGCCAAAGCUGUGAGUUAAAUCAAUAAAACUGGAUUACGUUUGCAGUGCAGAUGUGUUGUGAAGCUGUUAUCAACUCUACACCUUGGGUGUUUCUGUGUAGUACUUUUAUAUCUUUGCAUCCCACUAAAGUCUCGUUGUGCAGAACCAACUCUUUUGUUCCACGGGCCUGUUAUGAAGAUGUAACUCAAAAGUGGGUGAUAUUAGGGUGAGUUUGCUACCUGCUUGAGCUUGAACUAAUGGAUCUCAUCUGAGCAUUUUUAUCUUCCAUUCCCUCUACAGCUUGGAAGGAGCUGUGAAGGCCAGAUGAAGAAAGGGAUUGUGUGGGUUUUGCUGGGCUAGCAGACAUGAAGCUGGAAAGAGAACCACAGGGCGAGGGGCCGGAGAGACGGUCAGGAGGAGGGUUCUUUAUUCUGGUCUGUUUCGCAUGCAUUGUGUUCCUUUCCUAUCAUAGCCUCCUCCUCCUUUUUAAAUUAAUUUAAAAAAAGCUUAUUUGAAGCUAACAAAUUUAAACGAGUUUAUUGUGCUCACCUGCUGUAUCUGUUUGGACUAUAUUUUUCAUUCCAAUCCAAAACAAACCAGUUGAAAUGAUUGAUACUAAAGCAGCUUUAUGUACUCCUGAAAGAAAAUAACUUGCCAGAUUACAAAAAAAAAUCAAAUUAUACCUCAAAACCGGUUUAAAUGGGAAACCAUCACCUUGUUUUGUGAAUUGCACUCUUAUCCAGAAUGGCCAGUCUAUCUCACAUUUUACUUACUUUUCACUGUUAGUCCUUCUGCAACAGCCAGCAAAUUUUAAAAUAAAUGUCUGUUAAAUUCUGUAAUUCUCUCCAGUACUCCCUUUUCUCAAGCACUGUAAUUCCAGGAAAUGUGGUGAUGGCUUCUGGCCACUUCUACAGGAUGAAAAACAUGGCCUUUUAGAUCUUGGCAAGUGAAAAGAUGCAACUUUAAAGUCAUAAGGGAAAAAAAGCAAUCUAUCUCCUGGAGAGUUCUCCUGUGCGUUCUGAUGAAUGGGAACCACACAAGAACAUGGCUCCCAUCUUUUCUCAAUAAGGCUUGCACGGGAGAAAUGUCCCAGAGAGAUUGUACCCUUCGGGGCUAAUAAAUGGGCAGUGGAUGAAAUAAGCUGAGUGCAUAAGGGUUUUUUGUAUUAAUAUUACGUGCCUAUGAAUCAAGAUAGUUUGUGAUAAAGCUCUGUUUGUAAGAUGUUAACAUUUUUUAACAAAAUAAAUGAUCUAACUGAUUAAACUAAAUCCACAUCAAAA